GAAGAAAUUCUUGAGUGCUGUUGAGCAAGAAGUCGAGUGAAUACGAAUUGUUUUGGCUGAUGAUGUGAUCCGGGCUGUGUGCCGAGGUUUUCUAUACACACAGAGACUACACUGUUCUGACUAGAGUUAUUCAUUCUUGACGUGGAGUUCGCAGUGAGCGCACAGCAACGAUGCGUUGCACGACGCCAUUGUUGGUUAUGUACGACAGACGAAUGAAAGGUCUGAUCUUGCGAAACAGGGUUGCCAUGGUGUCGACGAAAACACAUAAAGCUGCGUCCUGUAUGGAAGAGAUGACUUCGUUGUUCGACUGUCUCGCGCAGAAUGAGUUUCAGGAUCAAUACUGCGCGGCGCAGAAUGCAGCCUUCCUUAAUUGUGGCCGUGAGCGCAUUCACCUUCGCCAAACAGGACAGCUGAACCAAUCCGAGGGUCGCAUGACAAGCGCGGAGAUCAACGAGAUGCUCAGGAUCCGAUACAGACAACUAUGAGCCAACGUAUAAUAAUAUUUUGUGUGCGCGCCCACACGCGUGUGCUUGCCUGCUUGUGUGCGUAUCUGUAUUCGUGCUGUUCAUGCUCCCCUUUUGACUGUACAAAUUUGAGCAACCACCUGCUGGGCAACAAAAGCCCGAUCUUGUACCAUAUUCAUUUUCUUGCAAAAAUCAAUUCUGAAUGAAGGAAAAA